AUGUCUGAUAUUGUUGGGAAGCACAGAACCUUGCCAUUUGGUGGAAAGGUGGUGGUUUUUGGAGGCGAUUUUAGACAGGUUCUACCUGUCAUAAAUGGAGCUGGAAGAGCCGAAAUUGUUUUGGCCGCACUGAAUUCUUCAUAUCUUUGGGAGUACUGUAAAGUACUCAAACUCACAAAGAACAUGCAGUUGUUGGCUGGUGAUUUGACAAUUGAAGAGGCCGAUGAUCUAAAAGAUUUCUCGGAUUGGAUUUUGAAGGUUGGUGAAGGUAAGAUUGCAGAGCCUAAUGAUGGUGAAGCUGAGAUCGAAAUUCCAGAAGAAUUUUUAAUAACGGACGCUGAUAAUCCUAUAGAAGCUAUCAGCAAAGCAAUUUAUGGAGAUUUUGCUUCACUACAACAAAACAAAGAGCCAAAAUUCUUCAAAGAAAGAGCUAUUUUGUGUCCUACUAAUGAAGAUGUGAACAUUAUCAACGAUUACAUGUUAGAUAUGCUCGAUGGAGAAGAAAAGAUUUAUAUCAGCGAAGAUAGUAUUGAUCCUUCUGAUACAAAUUCAGUUAACGACGAAGCUCUUGGUCCUGAUUUUCUAAACACCAUAAAAGUUUCAGGUUUACCAAAUCAUAGUCUCAGACUGAAGGUUGGUUGUCCCGUAAUGGUUUUAAGGAAUAUUAAUCCUACAGCAGGGUUAAUGAAUGGAACCAGGCUUCAGAUCACUCAAGUGAUGGAUUUGAUGGUUCAAGCCAGAAUCAUAACUGGGGAAAAGGUUGGACAGAUACUAGAUAUUCCGAGACUAUCAAUAACACCAUCAGACACCCGAUUGCCUUUUAAAAUGCGCAGAAGACAACUACCUUUGGCAGUGGCUUUUGCUAUUACAAUAAACAAAAGCCAAGGACAAUCUCUAUCGGAGGUGGGUCUGUUUUUACCAAAGCCUGUGUUUUCCCAUGGACAGCUAUAUGUGGCAAUAUCUAGAGUGACCUCAAAGAAAGGAUUGAAAAUUUUGGCUCUUGGUAAAGAUGGAAAGCCUCAGAGGAAAACCAUGAAUGUAGUUUUCAAAGAAAUUUUCAACAACCUUGGAUGA